AUGAGAACCAUCGGCUGCAGUUUUGUCUUGCUCGUCAUAAGCUUGGCAGAAGGCGCCCCGGUCGUGGGCCUGUCACGUCGGCCCGGCGCUUCACGCCGCCUGGCAGAGGAAGCGCGGCUCUACGGAGAUCUUACGAGGCUCAUGGCCUUUCAUGCAGACAUCCUGGUGGGUACUCCGGGGCAAAUACAAUCCGUGAUCGUGGACACUGGCUCAGGGCGAACCGCUUUCCCCUGCACCGGCUGUGGUAAUGGUUGCGGAGAGCACAUGGACCCGCCCUUCAAUCCACAGUCCUCAAGCACAUUUCGGUGGGUCCAAUGCGGCGAAAAGGGCUGUAAUUCGUGUUCUGGGAGCAAGUGCAGCUACAAUGUGCGCUAUGUGGAAGGCUCCUCCAUCAACGGGGAGUUUUUUGAAGAUGUCUUGCAGCUGGGAGUGGCCCAGCGCGCCAACCAGAGAGGCCCUGUUUGGAUGGGAUGUCAUUCCCAGGAAACGAUGCAAUUCCGCACGCAGGCUCCAGCCGGCAUCAUGGGACUCAAUGAGGGCGGAUGGGAUGUGGUGAAGGCCUUAGCGGAUGGACCUUUGGAAAAGGAGAUCUUUGCUUUGUGCCUGGCAGAGAAUGGUGGAUCCAUGACCCUGGGUGGCACGAACAGCACCUGGAUGCCAACAACCGUGCCCUUUCAAUGGACCCCAUACAAGACGAAUUAUGUCCUUGACCUCAAUGGCAUCAACUUCGGCGGCCUGGAGCUCUUCUCCGGAUUCGUUGGCUCCUUCCAACUGGACCCGGAGGCCAUCCGAGAAGCUGCAAAGGAGCGGCAGGUCACCUGGGUCUCCAUCAGUUGCCUGGAGGCAACGUCACGACGUCUCAUCCGUCUCAUGGGCCCCAAGUCGUCCCACCGCACCGCCACAGAAGAGGAGAUGGACCGCUUUCCGAAUGCGACCUUCCGUUUCGGAAAUGCCAACUACACUUGGCCUGCCAAGGGGUACAUGUUCUUGAAAAGCACAAACACUUGGUGCUUCUCAUUCUUUACUGCCCCACCCUUUCUGCUGGGAGCCUCCUUCAUGAUGAACAAUGCCAUUAUUUUCGACCGAGAAGAGAAGAAGAUAGGUUUUGCCCCAUCCAGCUGCCCGCGCUUUGUCUCGCGCAAUGACCUGGCACCUGGAAUUGAGGAGAGCAAAAAACACAUGGAACCCCUCAAAUUGCCAAAUCGACUGCUUUUGGCAAGAAUACAUGAUAAACACAUACAAACCUGGUUUUGCUGCUUGCUUAGGGUGAUGUGCUGUUUUAUCCUUUGA